AGGACUGGGGCAGCCGUGCGGGGGCAGCGACUGCAGAACCGGCGACCACCCCAGCAGCAGCCGCCAGCACCUCUAACAGCAAAACAAGCACUUGUCAUUAUAACAACACAUAGUGUCCCCUUUGCCACAUCCCCAGUAAAGGGAGAAGAGAGCUGUCGUCCCCGUGUGUGCAUGCCACACAGCAGUGCAGAUCCAUUCUCCUAUAGGGAAACCCGAGGACCUCAUGACAGCUGCCAAAACCGAAAUGCUCAUCUCACCUCUUCAGAUCUCCGACCCGUUCGGCUCUUUCCCACAUUCCCCAGCCAUGGAUAACUACCCCAAACUGGAAGAAAUGAUGCUGCUCAACUCGGGGGGAUCCCAAUUCCUGGGCUCAAGCGUCCCCGAGGGCAGCGGUUUCGGCUCUCCGGGGGAGGAAGCUGACCAUUUCGAUCACCUAGCUGCAGAUGCCUUCUCUGAAAUGUCCUUAAGCAGCGAGAAGACAGCUGUAGAGACCAGCUACCCCAACCAGACCAACAGACUGCCAUCUCUGACAUAUACUGGUCGUUUCUCCCUUGAGCCUGCACCCAACAGCAGUAACACCUUGUGGCCAGAGCCUCUCUUCAGCCUUGUCAGUGGACUGAUGGGGAUGGCCAACACAUCCACAUCUUCAGCUCCUUCCUCUUCACCAUCAUCUUCCUCUUCUUCAUCACAGAGCCCUCCACUGAGCUGCUCUGUGCAGUCUAAUGAAAGCAGCCCCAUCUACUCAGCGGCACCAACAUUUCCCAAUUCCAGCUCUGAUCUCUUCUCAGAACAGUCAUCUCAGAAUUUUCAAAAUGGUUCUGGUGCUUCAAUGCAGUACCCACCUCCAGCUUACCCUGUCACAAAGACUAGCUUUCAGGUGCCAAUGAUCCCAGAUUAUCUGUUUCCACAGCAACAGGGAGAUAUCGGCCUGGUACCUCCAGAUCAAAAGCCCUUCCAGGGAAUGGAGACAAGAGCCCAACAGCCUUCCCUUACACCCCUGUCUACCAUUAAGGCCUUUGCUACUCAGACUGUUUCACAAGACCUCAAGACUAUCAACAGUAAUUAUCAAUCUCAGCUUAUUAAACCAAGCAGAAUGAGGAAGUACCCCAACCGCCCCAGCAAGACCCCUCCUCAUGAGAGACCUUAUGCAUGCCCUGUUGAGUCCUGUGAUAGAAGAUUUUCCAGAUCUGAUGAACUUACAAGACACAUCAGGAUCCACACAGGGCAAAAGCCUUUCCAGUGUCGUAUAUGCAUGAGAAAUUUCAGCAGAAGUGACCAUUUAACCACCCACAUCCGCACACACACUGGGGAAAAGCCAUUUGCAUGUGACAUUUGUGGUAGGAAGUUUGCCAGAAGCGAUGAGAGAAAAAGGCACACAAAAAUCCAUCUGAGGCAAAAGGACAAAAAAUCCGACAAAGUGACACCAGUCUCGGUUGCGUCUCCCAUGUCCUCUUAUUCCCCAUCAGCAACAACUUCCUACCCCUCUCCUGUGCCAACUUCAUAUUCAUCCCCUGUGUCUUCAUCUUACCCCUCUCCUGUUCACAGUUCCUUCCCAUCUCCAUCAACAGCAGUUACAUACCCCUCUGUUACCAGCACCUUCCAGACACCAGGCAUAACCAGCUUCCCAUCUUCAGCGGUCACCAACUCCUUCAGCCCAUCUGUCUCCUCGGCACUUUCUGACAUGUCCGUAACAUAUUCCCCAAGGACAAUUGAGAUAUGCUAAGACUCAGUUACAAGAGGUGCAUUACAAAGCAUAGGCACAAUCUGAAGACUUCCAAAGUAUGGUCUCAAGUGCGGUUUAUUGAUGACCAACAGACUUACGUUACAAAGCAAGGCCAUUAUAAACUGAUAAGCUUCGAAUGCCUAAGAAACUGCCAUUUUAAUUUUCCCAUUAUUUUCAAAAGACUUAAUUUGCAUGGAUAACUGAAAUUAUUUCAAACAUGAUCAACUUUUAUUUGCAUAAAGGGAUUUUUACUAUAUACAUAAUGUAUAUUGUACACGUGCAAGAUUUUUUUUGUUUUAAGUUACUUUUUUGGUACUCUUGAUGUGAAUUUUUUUCCCCUUGCAUAUUCAUAUGGUAUUAUUUGAAAUGAAUAGGGACGCCAUUUGUACAUGGUAUCUAGUGGUAAUGCUACCAUAAAUUUUAAACUUAUUUUAAGGACAAGCACUUAUGUAGUCAAGCAUGUGUAGGAGUAAUUUCAUGUUUACUUUAAUCUUCUUCUUUUCUUUGUUUUUGUAAAUAUCAUCAGAUGGUACUCUCACAUGUCCAAGAAGUUUUGUUUUUUGGUUUAGUAACUUGGUGCCUUUUUUGUGAAGCCUUGCUGAUGUUUUGAAACAUAAAUUUGCGUAAAUUGAUGCAUUGCAUCUAGCCUUAAGGUGAAAGGGAUUUCUUUAAAGAAUGUAUAAAAGACCUCAAAAGGUACAGAGAGCGAGAGAGAGAGAGUAUUUCUGUCGAAUGUAAGCAAAAACUCAAAGUAUAUUUUUGUAAUUGAAUUGUACAUUUAUAAAUAUAUAUUCAAGAGUUGGAAUGUUGUAGUUACCUACUGAGUAGGCAUGGAUUUUGUAUGUUCUGAACAUGCGGUUCAUUAUUUUGUGGUCCUCAUUUUUAUUUUGUAUUUGUGUUUGUUUAAACAAAGUGACUGUUUGGCUUAAAACACAUUGGAUGCGCUUUACUGCCAAUAGGAUAUUUGGUGUACAACAUAUCCUGAAAAAAUAAAAUACCUAAAAUAUUUUAA